UGGCACUGCUGGGCACAGGUAGGUGGCACUGCUGGACGGCACAGGUGGGUGCACUGCUGGACACAGGAGGGUGCACUGCUGGGCACAGGAGGGUGCACCGCUGGCACAGGUGGGCGGAACUGGUGGGUGGCACUGCUGGGCACCGAUCAUCAGUGCCCUGAUGCUCGCGUGAGGAAAGUGCAGCCGAGAACCGGCAAUUGCAUUUCCCGGCGAUCAGCGUGUCAUUGGACACGGCUGAUCACGUGGUAAAAGGCCGCUGUGAUUGGCCUUUUACCACAUCACGUGAUCAGCUGUGUCCAUAGGAAACAGC